GUGAAAGUGAGGGGGGGGUUGGAGCAGAAAACCUAUUUCACAAUUCACUUCCUGCACCAUUUAUCUCACAGACAUCACGUUAAACGACUCAAAUGAACACCCAGGAUGGUAUGGAAGUUCUGAAUGAACCAGUGAGAUUUUACAAUUUUAAGCUUGAACUGGAAUUUCAGUUUGGUUUAUUAGAGGAAGCGUGUCAUAUUGUCCACCAAACAGCAGCAGCAGCAGCAGCAGCAGUGUCAUGGCACCAUCACAUCCACCGUGAGUGAUGAAGGCCAUGACAGGCUAAGAACACAUUGUUUUGUACUCAGUGGGCAAUAAUAGUAUACAGAGAAUGGGGCAGCAUAGAGAAAAAUAAAACAAAGACGGGAUUGACUGGAGGACACAGUAGGAUCCUGUGUCUGACGCUCAGAGGCCGUUCCAUCAAACAUGAUUAAACUGGUGAUAUUUAACCCCCGGAGCCUUUGCAGAACGCAUUGACAUUCACAGAUGAGAUGAUGUGCGUUCACCAUAACGAUGUGCCUUAAACAACAUGGGCGUGCGGGCAGAUACAGAGCGAGAGAGCCGACGCACCGGACCCCUGGGCAGAGGUGGCACGGGAUCUAGCGUCAGCAUGAGCAUCUGCUGCGGCUGCUUACCUCCGCAAGAUGUUAAUCAGGAUCGGGAGGAGGUGCCGGUUCAUCUGGAGGCUAUCAUCGAGGAAGCGGAUGAGAGCUCCAUGGUGGAGGAAAGCCACAACCAGAGAAUCACGGCGUUCCGGCAUCCCGUGACGGGUCAGAUAUCUCCGGAGAACACGGAUUUUGUCGUGCAGGAACUAGGGAAUUCCCACAUGUCCAAGCCGCCGUCAGAGCCGAGACCCCCCAGCAUGGUCAGCGAGUCCUCCGUGGCCGUCACCUCGUCCAUCACGGACGUUCCCUCAGGACUCAAGCCUGUAAAAUCCAGUGGACGAGUGCACAGCUUUGGAAAAAGAGAUCACGCCAUCAAGAGGAACCCGAACGUCCCAGUAGUGGUGAGAGGAUGGCUCUACAAACAGGACAGCUCAGGAAUGAGGCUUUGGAAGAGGAAGUGGUUUGUGUUGUCGGAUUACUGCCUCUUUUAUUAUAAAGACAGUCGAGAGGAGACGGUGUUGGGGAGCAUCCCACUGCCGAGCUACGUCAUUUCCCCGGUGGAGCCUGAAGACCACAUCAGCCGCAAGUUCGCCUUUAAGGCGAGUCACACAGGUAUGCGCUCGUACAUUUACAGUAAGAACUCUGUGAUUGGCUCGCAGGCCGAGCACGGCGGCAUGAGGACGUACUUCUUCAGCGCGGACACACAGGAGGACAUGAACGGCUGGAUCCGAGCCAUGAACCAGGCGGCGCUUAUGCAGAGUCACAGCUUAAAGAGAGAGACUCCCAAAUCUGAGGCCAUGCCUCAGACCAAUCACAUCACAACAGGCAGCAACAGCAACAGCACCAUCCACGCUGAUGUCCUGCACCAAUCCGGGUGGAUGGAGGUUCCAGAUCGAGAGCCCAGACAUGAGCAGGAGCUCGAGGCACGCCUGGAGGUCCCGGUUAAAGUGGUCUACACUACAGAUGGAGAUGCGAACGGUGUGUCUUUGGAAUCCGGAGCUCCGUCUAGACCUGCGUCGAACGUGGCCGCUCAGAAGAACGGAGUGCACAGCGAGCAGAACGGCGGCGUGACGUAUCAGAGGAGUCUCGCGACACGGAUCGACACGGAGAAACACGUCCAGAGGAAGACGGCGCUGGCGCAGGUGGAGCACUGGGUUAAAGUUCAGAAAGCGGACCCUAAAAGUCGUCCCGUCUCAGAGUACUCUCUCCCCAGACGUACUCCUCCCCUCCAACCCAAGCUGCUCAUGCCCGAGUCCUACCAGUCUCUCCCGAAGACUGUUCGUCGUCCUUCUGCCAGCUCACCCCCGGUCCCCCGUGACACUCCCCGCGACUUGCCCAGCGACUACAAGUAUGCCCACGACCGCCUCAGCCACUUCCGCAUGUCCACAGACGAACGCAUCGCUGCUAAAGAGGGCAUGGUGUGGCAGCUUUACGAGUGGCAGCAGAGGCAGCGUUUCCGUCACGGAGGUCCUGUGGUUCCUCCCGUCUUCACCGUUCCUGACUACGUGGACGCGUCCUCAUUCAGAGUGAUGCUGGAGGUCCCUCGCUCUGUGUCUGUGCCUCCUUCACCGUGUGAAGUGCCCCCCUCCAAACUGGCGUCACCCCGCAGACCUCACACCCCCGCGGACAGAGUGACGGUGCGACCCAUCGACGAAGUAUCGAGAGGGGACGUGGUUCGCUCCGCCUCUCCGAGGGCAGUUUCCAAGCCAGUACAAAUAGACAGAAGAUCGAUGCCGACGAUGGGCUACAUCACGCACACCGUCAGUGCGCCGAGCUUACACGGAAAAACGCCUGAGGAGCUGACCCUGCUCCUCGUCCAGCUCAGGAGACACCAGGCCAAGAUGGCCGACGCAUUCGCCCACCUCAACGACGGCCUCUCAGGUCCCAGCCUGCAGGCAGAUGAUACGUACCUGCAGCUGAAGAAGGACCUGGAGUAUCUUGACCUGAAGGUCACAGGACAGGAAUCGCUGAAGGACAGCGGACCACCUCGUCCGGUUAAAAUAGCCGAAAGCGACGUGGACGUGAAGCUGAGCAGAUUGUGUGAACAAGACAAAAUCCUUCAGGAGCUGGAGACGAGGAUCCGUACGCUCAAAGAAGAUAAGGAUAAGUUAGAGUCAGUUCUGGACGUGUCCCAUCAUCAGAUGGAGCAGUUUCGAGACCAGCCGGCCCACGCUGAGAAAAUCGCCUAUCAGCAGAGACUGCUGCAGGAAGACGUCGUGCACAUCAGGGCCGAUAUUUCCCAAGUGUCCACGGAGAUGGAGAAGGCGUGGACGGAGUACAGCAGGUUGGAGGCGGAUGUGGAGAGAUUGCGAUCGGCGCUGCAGGAGCAGAUGAACCGCAGCGGCCUCUCACAGCAGGAGAAAGGUCAGCUGAGGAAGGAGAUGUGGCGCAUCGAGGACGUGAUGGCGGGUCUGAGCUCCAGCAAAGAAAACUACAAAAUGAUCGUGGACUCCGUGCAGAACCCAGGUGAGCCCGGGGCAGUUCCCCCGACCAUCACCCUCACGCACUGGAGCCACACCCGAGAGAGGAAACUCGUGCCUUCGGCAUUGUCUCCAUCUGUGCCUUUUAUCCUGGUUGGGGAACCAAAAGCAGCUCAGUCAAGUCCUCACCUCAGCCCAGUGCAGCCCAGUGUUCACACCUUCCAGUUCUCCCAAACGGCCCACAGACCAGUAUGGGCUGAAGAAGACGCUCCACCCAGACCUCCCCUCCCCCACCUAUACAGUCCAGAUGACCAGCCUCCUGCCGUCCCGCUCCUCCCUAAGGAGACCUCCGUCAUCCGCCACACGUCCGUCCGCGGCCUGAAGCGUCAAUCCGACGAGCGUAAACGUGACCGUGAGAUUGGACAGUACCCCAACGGAGACAAGCUGGAACUCCGCGCGUUCCUCAGUGAACCUGAACUUCUAGGAGUCACAGGACAGAUGAGUGGUUUGGGGCAAGAUGGAGGCUACCAGACCUUACCAAGCAGAGGUGUGACAGGAUCUUCAUCCAGACUCCAUCAGUCCACAAACAUCUCCUCAUACGUCACCCUGAGGAGAGGAACUGACAUGUCAAGCUUAAAGGAGAGACCAAAGAGUGCCUUGGAGCGUCUGUAUUUGUCUGAAGCUCUGCCACAGCAGCAUCAGCAACAGCAGCGAAGUCGCAUGAGUGCUGACGAGCAGCUGGAAAGGAUGAAGCGCCACCAGAAGGCCUUGGUGCGAGAACGCAAGCGCACCCUGAGCCAGGGCGAGCGCCAGGCCUCUUCGUCUCGCCCUCCUUCCUCUUCCUCGCGGCCCGUUUCCGCAGACCUGGGAUCAUGGAGGCGUGAGCAGGACUUUGACAUGCAGCUGCUGGAGCGAGCCGUGCAGAGCGAGGGAAGAGAGAAGGAGGAGAAGAUGGAGGAAAAGGUGUGGGAGCAUUGGGAGAGGCAGCGCUCUCAUUCAGACGAGUGGAUCACACUGCAGCUGAACCCUCACCGAGAACUCGACCUCGAACCUCUCGACUUUCAGCUGGAGAUCAACAAGGAGCUGUCGAUGCCGGACAAGGUCCUGAUCCCUGAGCGAUAUUUGGACCUGGACCCUGAAGAGCCGCUCAGCCCUCAGGAGAUGGAGGCGCGACACCGCAAAGUGGAGCGCAUAAAGAGCAUCCUGUCUAAGUCCAGUGUACAGAACGUUCCGGGCGUGGAGAAGCCGGUGAUGUCGGAACUGGACAUGGCUCUUCAGGAUCAGAAGAGGAUCAUCACCAUGUCCUACGCUCUGGCCUCCGAGGCUUCAGUCAAGAGCAAGCAGGUGGCAGUUUCUCCGCAGGUUAACAGUCCCACCAUGCUUCCUUCUCCUCCUUCUCCUCCACCUCCUCCUCCACCUCCUCCACCUCCUCUCCCUCCUUCUGCUGCUGUUCCUGUUGUCACCUCCCCUCAGCCUCCUCCUCUUCCUCCUCCUCCUCCUCUAAGCAAUGGAUUUCACUACACCUUUGUCUAAUCAAAGCAAACAAAACCAAAGCCGUGUCCGGUCACUGAGGUGCUAUCACACGACGAUCUCUCGCUCUCCCUCCCUUCAUCUAAAAGAAGACAUGGUUUAAAAGCGAAUGUCUCCGAGCGUCCAUUUUUCCGCCCAUCCCCUGCGUCGUAGACGAGACGUCGACGUCGGACCGAUGCUCUGAAAUAUGGAAGAGCGGAGAAAAAAACAAAGACUAGAACGUGAAGCUGUUGUGAUAAUAAAAGCUGAACAUCUCUAACUGAGCUAAUAGUGCGAUAGAAACCUUCAUUUGCACUUUUGUACUCAUGCACUGCAUCAUAGAGCAAAUAGGGAACAUUUUUAGUCAUCAUCGAGGCUCUCGAGGACGAGGACGAAGACGACGAUGAGGAUUACGAAGACGAUGAAGACCCGCGAAUGUUUAAAAAGCAGGAAGUGUUCGACUUUAUAGAAGGACAGACGUCGCUGCAGAUGUUUUCAAGUCGAUUGUAUUUUUGUUCACAGAGAUGCUAUUCUUCUUACACCAAAAUCACAAGAUAUUAUUUUUUUCUAUCUAGUGUAUCUAGCACUGCCAGCUUCCAUGUAGCUUGCUAAACGAGCUUUAUUUUUGCGAACACCUUUUGUUUGUCGCGUUAACCGAAUUUUUCUUGCGGAAAUUUCGCAGGAAGCGGGAAAAAAAAGAGGGUACGUACUGUAGCGGCCUCCUGCUUUUGAUUUUGUUUUUUAAGAAAAUGAUGUAAAUAUUAAAAAUAUUAACAAACA